UAUAGUUCAUAAAAAUUGUAGUUUAUUUCAAUAGGAAUUCGAAAAAGAUUCGCUCGCUCAACUUGCACGACCUUGAUGGACAAAGAUUUGGAUUUCCUGAUCAAAGCACUGUCCGUGCCCAAAUCGCCGCUAUGGGCGGAGUACAGCGAGGAUCAGCUAACGGAAAUGCGUGAAUCUUUUAUAAUGCUUAAGCAUGUGUUAUUUCAAAAUACAUGUAUGCUACACGAAUCCACAUCCCAUCUGAUGCGCUUCACGGCUGGCGGCAAUUCGGCCACCGAUCAUGUGCCCACAGUCUCACAAUGUGAAAGUCAGUUUCGCGGAAAUUUUCAAUCAUCUUUGACAUCGUUACCAUCAUCGUCGUUGAGCGAGGACGAUGACGCCACAAAUUAUAAUCAGCAGGAUGCCGCCAGUCAAGGGGAUGACGAGACGAGCACUACGGAAAACUUCCUAGCUAUAGUCCCCUAUGAGAAGGACGAGCCCAGCACCGAGCUUGUGCGGUAUGAGCCGUGGCUGGAAGGGGGUAUCGACGAUUCCUUCGAUACUGAUACACUGCGUGCCAGUUUAAGCUUAGAUACGGUCAGCGGCUCUGGUGCCAGAACCUUAAGCACGUCCUCUGGCGGUGGCAUCUCUAUUAGCAUACCCAUGAAAAUGGAAUAUGUGUGGCACAACAAGAAUUACAAGGCGGAUAGCACAGACAGCGACUUGACCAUAAUUGCGGAUGGCUUUAAUUAUGUUCUAAGCCGCUAACGUGGCUAACCGCAGACAAAAUUCAGGAUUCAAAACAUCAAAAAAAAUUUUAAAUUGCAACGCGUCGUAAACAUUACAUCCAGAUAAAAAUAUAUAAAUAUAUAUAAAUAAUACGCAACUCAGGAUUUUUUCA